GAUCCCAAGGGGGAACCUGAAACUCUCACAUUCCUGGCAUAGCAGCCGCCUCCGGCGAGGGCUGACCCUGGGGCUGCGCGCUGGAGCCUGAGCUGCCAGAGCGUCCGCGCCACCGCCCAGUGCACACCUCCGCGGCGGAGCUGAGCCGAGCAGAGCCCGGCUGGGGCGUCAGGUCUGACCGCGACGAGCACCCGCGGGCCUCAGCUGUAAGGAGGGCUGAUCGGCGCUUCGGGCAGCGCACCCGGCCUGCGGAGACCCGACGCAGCCGAAUCCCGAGCUCCGGCACGGCCUGGCCUUUUCCGGGAGCAGGAGACCGGCGGACCCAGCGUCCUCAGGGCGCAGGGCGCCCUUUCCAGGCAGCGACAAAGGUGCCCUGGGGCCACGUGCCUCUGGCUAUUGUCCAGGCAGGUGUGUGCAAACCAAGGAAGCAUGAGGACUCUGGAAGACUCCUCAGGGACAGUCCUGCACCGCCUCAUCCAAGAGCAGCUGCGCUAUGGCAACCUGACUGAGACACGUACGCUGCUGGCCAUCCAGCAGCAGGCCCUGCGGGGUGGGGCUGGAGCUGGGGGCACCGGCAGCCCCCAAGCCUCCCUGGAGAUCUUGGCACCCGAGGACGGCCAGGUGCUGCAGCAGGCCACAAGGCAGGAACCCCAGGGCCAGGAGCACCAGGGUGGUGACACCCACCUGGCAGAGAACACCCUCUACCGGCUGUGCCCACAGCCCAGCAAGGGCGAGGAGCUACCCACCUAUGAGGAGGCGAAAGCCCACUUGCAGUACUAUGCGGCCCAGCAGGCAGGGCCCCGGGCACUUGUUGGUGAUCAGGAUCCCCGAGGGGCCCCUGGAAGCCAUCGGAGGCAAGACGAGGCCCUUCGAGAGCUGAGGCAUGGGCAUGUGCGCUCCCUGAGUGAACGGCUCCUGCAGCUGUCCCUGGAGAGGAACGGUGCCCGGGCCCCCAGCCACAUGAGCUCCUCCCACAGCUUCCCACAGCUGGCCCGAAACCAGCAGGGCCCCCUUCCCAGGGGCCCCCCGGUCGAGGGCCCAGAGCCCCGGGGACCUCCACCUCAGUACCCACACGUUGUGCUAGCUCACGAGACCACCACUGCUGUCACCGACCCACGGUACCGUGCCCGCGGCAGUCCACACCUCCAGCAUGCCGAAGUCAGGAUCCUGCAGGCCCAGAUGCCUCCUGUAUUCCUCCAACAGCAGCAGUACCAGUACCUGCAACAACCCCAGGAGCACCUUCCACCCUCACACGCAGCUGCUCUUGGCCAUGGCCCACUAGGCUCCUUCAGUCCACCCGGGGUGGAGGGGCCAGGAAGCACCCAGGCCACCUCGGGCAGUGCCCAGCUGGCUCAGAUGGAGACUGUGCUGAGGGAGAAUGCCAGGCUACACAGGGACAAUGAGAGGCUACACAGGGAGCUGGAGAGCUCAGCAGAGAAGGCUGUCCGAAUUGAGAAGCUGGAAGGUGAAAUCCAGCGGCUCUCUGAGGCCCAUGAGAGCCUGACUAGGGCAUCUUCCAAGCGGGAGGCCCUGGAGAAGACCAUGCGGAACAAGAUGGACAGCGAAAUGAGGAGGCUGCAGGACUUCAACCGGGAUCUUAGAGAGAGAUUGGAAUCCGCAAACCGCCGCCUGGCAAGCAAGACGCAGGAGGCCCAGGCCAGCAGUCAGGACAUGGUGGCCAAGCUGCUUGCUCAGAGCUAUGAGCAGCAGCAGGAGCAGGAGAAGCUGGAACGGGAGAUAGCACUGCUGCGUGGUGCCAUCGAGGACCAGCGGCGGCGGGCUGAGCUGCUGGAGCAGGCUCUGAGCAAUGCCCAGGGCCGGGCAGCGCGAGCUGAGGAGGAGCUGCGCAAGAAGCAGGCCUACGUGGAGAAGGUGGAGCGGCUGCAGCAAGCUCUUGGGCAGCUGCAGGCUGCAUGUGAGAAGCGUGAGCAGCUGGAGCUACGUCUGCGCACUCGCCUGGAGCAGGAACUCAAGGCCCUGCGUGCACAGCAGAGACAAGCCAGCACCCCCAGUGGCAGUGGCAGUGGCAGUGGCAGUAGCGGGUCCCCAGAGCUCAGUGCCCUGCGGCUAUCUGAGCAACUGCGGGAGAAGGAGGAGCAGAUCCUGGCGCUAGAAGCCGACAUGACCAAGUGGGAGCAGAAGUAUCUGGAGGAACGUGCCAUGAGGCAGUUUGCCAUGGAUGCCGCCGCCACAGCUGCCGCCCAGCGGGACACCACUCUCAUCCGACACUCCCCGCAGCCCUCGCCCAGCAGCAGCUUCAAUGAGGGCCUGCUCGCCGGGGGCCACAGGCAUCAGGAGAUGGAAAGCAGGUUAAAAGUGCUCCACGCCCAGAUCUUGGAGAAGGACGCAGUGAUCAAGGUCCUUCAGCAGCGCUCCAGGAAAGACCCCAGCAAGGCCAUGCAGGGCUCCCUGCGGCCCGCCAAGUCCGUGCCAUCUAUCUUUGCGGCUGCAGCAGCAGGGACCCAGGGCUGGCAGGGACUCUCCUCCAGUGAGCGGCAAGUGGAUGCCCCUGCCUGGUUGGCUGCAGACAGGGCCCCUGCGGAGGAGCCAGUGGCCGCGGCUCCCCUUCCUGCCCAUGCCAAACACGGGAGCAGGGAUGGGAGCACCCAGACUGACGGCCUUCCGGACGGCACCACUGCUUGCCUGGGGCAGGAGCCUGACAGCCUUCUGGGGUGCAGCAGUGGCCAGAGGGCAGCCUCACUGGACUCUGUCACUGCAUCGAGAGUCCAGGACUUGUCAGACAUGGUGGAGAUACUGAUCUGAAGGAGCUGAUGCCAGGGGGACUUGGAACUGUCCCCUGCUGUCCUCUGCCACUCGGCCAUUCCAGCAGCCCGUCCAACUGCUGCUCCUCCACUUCCCUCAACCAGGCACUCAUUCCCAUCGACCGCCUGGUCCCAGGUGCUUAGGAAGGAUGCUACGGGGAAGAGGGAUGCUGUGCAAGUACCUGCGCCCCAGAAGACCCUGCUUGUUAGCCCCACAUUCCUCCUGGGCCCGUGCAGAAUGAGGAUUCAGCCUUUCCCUGCUGCCAAGCCUUGCUGUUGGGGAAGCCACUGAAGGCCUAGGAGAGAGCUGACUCCCCCUCUUUGUACCCUCAGGCAACAGGGAGGAAGGGAGUGGGUGUGUUUGUUUAAGGGGCUGAUUGCCAAGGAUGGCUGCCCAUGGACACCAGGUAGACUAGUUCCGUAAUCAAGUUGGCCACAGUGUUCCUCUCUGGCUAAGUGGUCCCAGCCAACCUCAUCUGCUCCUCAGCUACUCACUGCCUCCUUGGGAUCACUAAGACUUGCUUCUUUGGGGGAGACCAUUGAAAGUGUUAGUCCUGCAGAAGCCACGGUGUUGCCCCCUCACUUGGAGUGGGUAAGGGCUCUUUAAGUGCACUGGGGUCUGCUGGGCAGUUUGUAUAUAAUUCCCUUUCUUGUGGACCGGAAGACUGAAGCGUGCUGCUUCGGACUUGGCCCCUCAUUCUGUAUGCUCAUCCUGCUGCCAUGGUUCCUGGAACUUCUCACCGGCUUCCCAGUUACCUCCCACUCUCGGGUUCUUGGCCCAUGGAUUUUGGUACUGGUUGAUCCACGAGAUACUGGCUAUCUUUUCUUCCCAUUUUGAGCCCUGUUUUAAAUGCCCAUGAGACCCCCCCCCACCCCGCCCCCAAUCACCAGCUUCUUGAAAUGGCUCCGCAGUCCCUGUCCCUGGGAUAUCCUGUCAGUUCGGAUGAGCCCUGAGCCAGACGCAAUGAGCCACCACACGGACAUCUGCCGCGGGGGCGCUUCCCUGAGCCGGUUCUCUCGAAGGAAACUGGAGAAGUUGCUGUGUUCUCAUCAGAGUCUUUGUUGCCCCACUGGAGGAACUCAGAGAGGGAGCAGUGCUAGUGAAAAUUCGUUGAUGAACUACAAGAUGCGACUCAAAUAGUCCUUUGAAGGGAGCCGCCAUCACAAAAUGGCACCAUGAGGCUGGCUCCUCGAGCCACCCGUGCCCAGCGCCCUGCAGCAGGGCCAGUGCCUAGAAUUAGAGGGGAGCACCCACGGGGCAGCCCACCUGCAGCCCUGACUUUGACUCCUGGUCUUAAGGAGCCCCCCAACUCAGCCCAGGAGCAUUGGGUGGGUGUUAGCAGUUUGGACUGUUUUUAGUUGUCCUUGGAUCUUUGUUUUUUCCUUUCCUGUUUUUAAGUUCUGUACGUGUUAUUUUAUUCCCAUGGUUCCUUUUUAAACAUUUGCAUUUGCUGGACAAUUGCAUUUUUUUUAAUCCCCUUAUCCCUCUUAAAACUAAAGAAAAAACACAUUUGGUUCAUGUGCAUUGUUUACAAAGCAAAAAGAAAAAAGAAAAAGUAAAAAAGUAUUGUGAAAUGAAAAAAACAACUUAAUAUAUUUUGGAUUAAUAUUUGGUAUUUCUUUUAAAGUAUUUUUUGUGCUGUGAACAUUUUCUGCCAAAGACCAUGAUGUGUGUCUAAGUUAUCGUAAAUAUUUAAGAUGUAAACAUGGCUGUUUUGUUAUGCCACCCUGUACCAGGAUUGCUGCCGCAUUCCGCUGGGUGUAACAGUAUUUUAAUAAAAAAUAAUAAUUGAAA